AUGGAGAUUUAUAUCGAUCAAGCAAACGGUAUCAUUCGAUCAUACUUGGGACCAGAAUGGGAUAUUGGAUUACUGAUCAGCAAGGCCAUCGGCUAUGCCAUCGUAUUCUUUUCUCUUAUUCUCAAGGUACCACAAAUUCAAAAGCUUGUAUCAAGCAAGGACCCAACUGGUAUCUCUCGUUUAUCAAUCGUCGUUGAAACUGUUGGAUUUACCAUUUCAAUGUUAGCAGGAUGGUUAUUACAAUAUCCAUUCUCAACCUAUGGUGAAAGUGUAUUUAUUUGGAUUCAAAACUUGAUCAUUGUCUAUUUGGUCUUUAGUUAUGCUAAAAAGAUCAAUGCCGUCUUCUUUAUCGGUGUAUUGGUCUAUAUUAUCAGUGUUGUUGCUGUUGUUCAAUUGCACAACAAGGAACUCGUACAAAACCUCCAAAACCUCAACAUUGGUAUCUUUAUCUUUUCUAAAAUCCCACAAAUCGUCAGCGUCUACAAACUAAAGAGUGUAGGUCAACUCUCUUUUGUCACCAGUUUCUUAAAUUUGGGUGGUAGUCUUGCUCGUGUUUUCACUACUCUCAAGGAGGUUAAUGAUUUCUCUGUAUUGGCUGGUUUCUUGACUGGAGCUACUUUGAAUACCAUCAUUGUUAUUCAAUUCUUACUUUACUGGAACAACAAGGUACCAACCAGAAAGGUUGUUUCCUCUGACAACAAAAAGAAGAUUCGUUAA